AUGAAUUCGUGGACUCGUCUGACAACAUUCUCGUUGUCAUAUCCCCGACAAAGACCAUUAUUCUACUUCCUCGGUCUCAGCUUCAUUUUAAUUGGACUCUAUUAUCAUUUCAUAGCACCAACUUCGGUGGUCGCUCUAGACGAAGUAUUCGAUACCGCAGCACCUCAACUACCAGACAAGGUAUGGGACGAGAGGGCUUCCCAGGUCAGAAAAGCUUUCGAACAUGCGUAUCACGGCUAUGAACGGUAUGCCAUGCCCCACGACGAGCUCAAGCCGCUUCUCGACAGGCCAAUAGACAACUUCAAUGGCUGGGGCGUGACAUUAGUGGAUUCCCUCGAUACGAUGUUUCUUAUGGGCCUGAACGACGAGUUCACGCGUGCAUUGGCAGUCGUUGAGAGGGCGGACUUUGCAUUACCCAAGAAUCAAUUCGCACCCUUUUUUGAAACCGUGAUUCGUUACCUCGGGGGUUUGCUCUCUGCUUACGCCCUGUCCAAUAACACUGUGCUCCUGCAACGGGCAGAUGAGCUCGCUAUGAAGCUCGAUAGUGUCUUCAACACGACGAGUGGCUUCCCCUUCUUUGCUGUAAACACCGUGACUGGAUUCACCCGCGGCCCGCAACUGGGUAUACUCGCAGAGAUCGCGAGUCUGCAGAUGGAGUACACGUACCUUGCGAAAGCAACCGGAAAAAUCCAGCAUGCGCGACGAGCAGGCAAGAUCAUUAAAGCGUUGUCAAAGGCCAAUCUAGACAUGACCGGAGGCAUGUUCCCCGUUAGAUGGAACAUUUCAUCGUCUGAACCGUAUGGGAGUCAUAUGUCCGUCGGCGCACAAGCUGACAGCGCUCAUGAGUAUCUGCUCAAGCAAUAUUUGUUGAGCGGCAGAACAGACAAAGUUAACCUGGAAAUGUACCUUCGCACCACGACGUACAUAAUAACACAACUCAUGCUCAUAUCACCCAACCGUCACCUCGUGUAUGUCACCGACCGCGACGACUCCAAGAGUGGCAAGCCCGGAUUACCCUCUCAAGUCCUCGAGCACCUAUCUUGCUUCCUCCCCGGCCUGUUGGCGCUCGGCGUCCACACCCUUCCCCUAGACGACCUCGAAUCUCUCGGAAUCGACUUCACCUCCCUGCACAGCGGCCGCCUUUCCGAAGACGGCCUGAAAGCUAUCUCAGGCUACAGCUUGAAGGAUCUGCACCUCUGGGCCGCGCAAAGCCUUGCGGAGACCUGCUGGCUGACGUACGCGGACCAACCAACGGGCCUGGGCCCGGAGGAGGUCGUGUUCACGUCGUCAUGGCAGGCGAAGAAGGAUACGCUGUGGAUCGAUGCGAUGAACCGGUGGAAGAAGAGUGGGAGUGGGGCGCGUGGCGCACCCCCAGGUCUGGGUAAGAAGGCGCCCAUUGUGUACACCGAAGAGGAACGCCUGCGAGGCGGCGGGAAAGGGCGAGAUUACGCCGUCAAGAAGCCUGGAUAUCUCCUGCGACCCGAGACGAUCGAGUCUUUGUAUCUCCUGUGGAGAGUGACUGGCGACCAUCGAUGGAGGGAACGGGGCUGGCGUAUAUUUGAAGCUAUCGAACGGGAGACGAAGACGAAGAGCGGGUAUGCCUCUCUUCGAACAGUGGCAAUCAAACCUAGUUAUCAAGACGACUCGAUGCCUAGUUACUUCCUAGCAGAAACGUUGAAGUAUCUGUACCUCCUGUGCCGGAACGAUGACCCUAUACCCCUAGAUAAAUGGGUAUUCAAUACGGAGGCGCAUCCGCUACCGGUCUUCGAGUGGUCGGCAGAAGAGCGCCACGAACUCGCUAUCUACUUCUGA